UCCUUGUUUGUUGUUGAAGAGAGAAGUAUUAACAGAGAAAGAGAGAAGCAAGAAGUGAAGAAAGAAAGAAAAAUAUGGAUAAGAGUGGAGGAAGAAUGGUAAUGGAUGAGAUAAGAAGCUUUGAGAAGGCACACUUGUUCGAUCUUGGUCAUCCUCUUCUCAACCGUAUCGCCGAUUCCUUCGUUAAAGCCGCCGGAGUGGGAGCGUUACAAGCGGUAUCGAGGGAAGCUUACUUUACGGUGGUUGAGGGGGCAGGGUUUGACUCGAACAACGUUGGUCCACCGUCGGAGAUUACAGGGAACAAGAAACAUAGGUUCCCUAAUCUCAGAGGGGAAAGCAGCAAAUCUCUUGAUGCAUUGGUGAAGAACACAGGAAAAGAAUCUCUCCAGUGGGGGCUAGCGGCUGGGUUGUACUCAGGUAUCACUUACGGUAUGAAGGAGGUUCGUGGGGGAGCUCAUGAUUGGCGGAACAGCGCGGUGGCUGGAGCAUUGACAGGAGCGGCAAUGGCUAUGACGACGUCCGAGAGGACAAGCCAUGAGCAAGUUGUUCAGUCUGCUCUCACUGGAGCAGCCAUUUCCACCGCCGCUAAUCUCCUUUCUAGUGUUUUCUAGAUGAUUUUCAUUAGAAACUUUAAUUGUAAGGGUUGUUUCUUGUAUCAGUUAUGUUUUUUUUGUGAAAACAAAUUCUCUAAAGGUCUACUAAGAUCUUGUCUUAAAACUCUGAAGCCAGAGAUCGCUUUUCCAUCCGUUAGGAAUAUUUGCUUUGGAGACAAAA